AUGCUUGAACUUAUUGCUUCAUUCUUUGUAUUCUUGCUUUGCUGCAAAUCAUCUUCCUUGAAUUUGCGGAUACCGACUUGGACACAAUCAAAUGGUGCCAAGGCAACAUUAAAUGGCCAGAGUUUAACUCUACCGGCUCCAGGUAACUUUUUAUCUGUCUCUAAAAAAUGGAGCUCUGGUGACAAAUUAACCCUUGAACUGCCCAUUACUCUAAGAACAGAGGCUAUUAAAGAUGACCGGACUGCAUAUGCUUCUGUUCAGGCAAUACUAUAUGGUCCUUAUCUGCUUUCGGGUCACACCAGCGGGGACUGGGACAUCAAUACUCAGUCAACUACAUCUAUUUCCGACUGGAUAACUCCGGUUCCCGGUUCAUAUAAUGCUCAACUAGUUACUUUUUCACAAGAGUCUGGAAACUCAACUUUCGUCUUAACAAACUCCAAGCAGUUGAUUACAAUGGAAAGUUAUCCUGAAUCUGGCACCGAUGCUGCUCUACAUGCAACUUUCAGACUGAUCUUGGAGGAACCAUCUUCCUCUAAACUUUCAUCUUUCAAAGAUGUUAUUGGCAAGUCAGUCAUCCUAGAACCUAUCGAUUUUCCCGGAAUGCUUAUAGCACAGCAAGGAGAUGGCGAACUUGUGGUCACAAAUUCUCCUAGUGAUGGGGGCUCUUCUAUUUUCCGCUUGAUUGCUGGAUUAGACGGAAAGCCUGGAACAGUAUCCUUGGAGUCCAAAAGCCAAAAGGGCUGCUAUGUGUAUAGUGGUGUGAACAUAAAGUCAGGCACAGGCAUGAAGCUCAGCUGCAGUACAGAGUCAUCAGAAACUGGAUUUAACCAGGCAGCUAGUUAUGUAAUGGAAAAAGGAAUAAGUCAGUAUCAUCCAAUCAGCUUCGUGGCAAAAGGCGCAAAGAGGAAUUUUCUUCUGGCACCAUUACUGAGCCAAAGAGAUGAAUUUUAUACUGUUUAUUUCAACAUUCAAGCUUAACCGCCAAUGAUGCAUCGACAGGAAAAUAAACAAUCCUUGCUUUUCUCAGACUGGCGACACAUUCCGCCUCACCGCUUUUCUCAAACAUUUUGUGGUCUGCAAUGGCUAAAGUCAGAUUUCAUUUACAUGCUUAAGCCUGACAAAAUAAUAUAGGGAGUAGACUAAAAUCCCACCAGGAAGAAAUAGCCAUUAGGAAAACAGAAUCCUGGUGUUAGUCUUGUUAUUUCUUGUAAUCUUAUAUUCUUGUAAUCUGGGGUUCAGUUUA